AAAAUUGAGACAAGCAAAAUUUCACAUCUCCUUAUAACCACAACAACAAGAUAUACUUGCUCAAUGAUAAUAUAGUGUUCUUUUUGAGUAGUUCCUUUCUUUAUAGUCACAUCAUCACAGUGUAAAUAUGAUACCACGUGUGUUUAAGCCGAACAUACUUUUCAAAGCAAGAUGUGCUGUCAGGUUCUCCACUAGAACCUACUAUGCACCUAAACCGCGGUUGAAUCAUCGGGUAUUAGGAGCAGCCACGGGAGUUGUCUCAGCAUCUAUACUUUUAUAUUACAACAGCCAAAGAAUAAGCAAUGAUGUUCACGCGUUAGAUACAUCAAUUCAUGAACUCCCCGUCCAGGAGGUGACUCGUGGAGAAACAUACGAAAUGUCACUCUACAAAGCAUCACAACGAGAAGAAACUGAACAAUACGAGGAAUUCCGGAUACAAAAGAAAUCACAUCCAAAUAUAAUCAAGCGAAUAUACUACUACAUUCGAUUCACGCUUACCGACUACGUCAUCGACCCCACAAUAACAUUUAUCCGAUUCAUGGAACUAUCCCUCAUAUUCGUUCCACUACUAAUUACCUCGCCCAUAUGCUGGAUAGGGAAAAGAAAUUCAGGAGCAAAGUUAUGGUACAAGAUGUUGCGUCACGCCGCCGAAUUAGCAGGUGCAAGUUUUAUCAAAUUGGGUCAAUGGGCGGCAUCAAGAACCGAUAUCUUCUCGCAGGAAAUGUGUCAUGAAUUGGGACAAUUGCAUCUGAAUGUAAAACCCCACAGUUUGAGAGCCACCAAGAAGAUCAUCAGCAAGAGUUUUGGUGACGUUCCCUUUGAUGAGAUUUUCGACGAGUUUAAUGAGGAGCCGAUUGGGGUCGGUGCCAUUGCACAAGUAUACAUUGGGAAACUUUCCCAGAAAACUCUAGAGAGGAUUGAUGAUGAAGAAAGUCACGAAGGGAAAGACCGUUGGCAUUUGAAGCUCUUUCAAAAGAUCUUGUCUAGUGAACUUCACGAGCCGUUGUCUUCUAGUCAGUGGGUAGCUAUUAAGGUUUUGCACCCUAAUGUUGAAGUCAAAAUCAGUCGAGAUUUAAAGAUCAUGAAAUUCUUUGCUCAUUUGGUUAAUGUCCUUCCAACUAUGGAAUGGUUAUCGCUUCCUGAUGAAGUUGAGCAAUUUUCGAUAUUAAUGAGAUUGCAAUUAGAUUUAAGAAUUGAAGCGUUGAAUUUGGCAAGAUUCAGACUGAAUUUUAAAGAUAGGUUGGAUAUACAUUUCCCGAAGGCAUUCUUGCAAUUCACCACCAGAGAUGUUCUUGUUGAAUCGUUCAUUGUGGGUGUACCUAUGAGUAAAAUGUUAUCGCUUAAGGACAACUUUGGAAAAAACUUGUCCAAAGAAGUAAGUGACAAAGGUUUAGAUGCAUUCUUGAAAAUGUUAAUCUUGGAUAAUUUCGUCCAUGCCGAUUUACACCCUGGUAACAUGAUGGUGCGUUUCUACAAAAAUGACUUAUUCCAGUCAGAGAAGGAAUACAAGAUUGUCAAAUCAAGUCAAGAAGUCGAUAAUGACAAGAUUGUUCAUGAAUUGUUAGCAUUGGGUAAUGACGAAGCCGCAUGGUGUCGUAAGUUAGCUGAGCUUUACCGUGACGGAUACCAUGCCGAGGUUUGUUUUCUUGAUGUUGGGCUAGUCACGGAAUUAAACGAGGUGGACCGAGUAAACUUUCUUGAUUUAUUUAAAGCAUUAUCGGAAUUUGAUGGGUAUCACGCUGGUGAAUUAAUGGUGGAAAGGUCACGAACUCCAGAAACCGUAAUUGACAAGGAAAUGUUUGCCUUUAAAGUGGAGAAAUUGGUUGAUCGAAUGAAAUCAAGAACUUUUACCUUGGGGAAUAUAAGUAUUGGAGAUUUACUUGAUCAAGUCAUUGGCAUGGUUCGUAAACACCAUGUGAGAAUGGAAGGGGAUUUCAUUACUGUUGUUGUGGCAAUUUUGUUGUUAGAGGGAAUAGGAAGACAAUUGGACCCACAAUUGGACUUAUUUGCUAGUUCCUUGCCUGUGUUGAGAAAACUCGGGGUGCUGAAAGAAGGUAGAGAAAUAUUGACCAAUGAGAAUGCAUUAAGCAUGAUUAAGGUGUGGUUGGCAUUAGAAGUUAGACAAUUUAUCAAUGCUUCCAUUCGGGAUAUUCAUGUUUUGGUUAAAGCAGAUAUGCUUAGUCCGAAUGUUUAAAUUUGACUGCAAAAAAAAAAGAAAAGAAAAAGUUCUGAUAGAAUGAUACAUAGGAAUAGAUAGAACUAACACUGGUUCUUACUGUAUUGUAGUGGCCACUGCAUUUUAAGUCAAUGUAAGCUUGGUGGGAAUAGCAAUUGAACCAUAACAUGAAGCAAAAAUGUUUUUGGUCCUAGUGCUUUUGUAGCGCCAAGCAGUUUCUGUGGUUUUUUGCGUACCUAAAAAAAAUUCACCACAAAUGGGUGCAAACAUUUUAUUUAAACUCGGUCCCAUCUACAAAAAAAGUUAAAUCACAUAAAACUAUUUUAUUUACUUCUAAACUACAUCUAGCUAUCUAACUAUAAAUCUAUGCCAAAUCAUUUAACAAUCAGAACCAUUAGCGAGAACCCUUAUACCGAAACAACACCACUAAUUCCCAGAUCAAAUACAAUGUGAUUUCCAGUUAGUUAUGAUCAGAACGAGUAUGCAUCAAUCCAAAACGCUUCCACUAAUACUGACGCACCGGCAAAUGAGUCAAGUUAUACUGCUGUUGGAGUUAAUUCAUCAACUGAGCAGCAACUACCACCUAUUCCUACAACUUUGGAUAUUUUUCAAAUUCUUGCGUUCCUAAUUGAUCGUGACUUAACGAGGACAGAAAUAAAGUUGGUUUUCAUUUCAAUAGGCUUGUGCUUGUUUGCAUUAUGUUCAUCACUUUUAUUCCUUAAAUGGUCCAGCUUAUCGCACUUUUGCAUAAGCUAUUUAUGUUUCACAUUUGAUUAGUAACUCUAGGAUUAUAGAUGUUUGGUUUGGGUCUGGUUUAGGUCUGGUUGCGGUUUGGUUUGGUUUGGCCUGAAACGGUCUGGUUUGGCCUUGUUUGGCCUUGUUUAGUCUGGUUAGUCUGUGUUGGUCUGGGUUGGCUGCUCUGGUUUGGUCGGGUUUGAAAAGCUGUUGGUUCAUUUAAUUGUUAAUAUUUGUAUAGAUUUAUACUUGCUAAUUUAAUAGAUGGAAGUUUUUAUAUAUAUAAAUUCCACUAGUAUUAUUCCAGAGCGAUAUAAAUACCUGUUCCUGAGACCCUGUAGCCGAGCAAAACUCAGCAAUGGCCCCAUUCCAUCUAUGGAAUGUAAAUCCAAUUUCUAGCAAAGUUAUGACAAGUGGUGCCUGCUAUGUUUUGAUUCUUGCCUUUGUU